AUGCGGACUACUGGCUGGACCCCCUCCUGCCCACCCACCUGCUCCAAAGCAUCUCUAGAGUCUACAGCGGCUGCUGUGCGCCGCCGGACGCGCUCCAGUCGACACCGUGGGGCCUGCCGAGUUUCCACAACAUGUGGGGCGGCGGAGCCUGACAAUGACUCUUUCCUGGACGGGUACCUGCGCGUCCUACGCAAGCAUAAGCCGGAGCUGGUAGCCAGGUCUGGCAGGGUGCACCUAGUGGGCACAGGCCCUGGGGACCCCGAGCUCCUGACGCUGCGGGCCCACCGGCUGAUGCAGGGCGCCGACGUCGUGCUGUACGACCGCCUGGUGUCGCCCGAGAUCCUGGACCUGGUGGGACCCUCCACGCUGACGGUGUAUGUGGGCAAGCAGCGCGGCUUCCACACCCGCACCCAGGAGGAGAUCCACGAUCUGCUGGCCGCUUUCGCGCGGGAGGGGGCGGAGGUGGUCCGACUCAAGGGCGGCGACCCGUUCAUCUUCGGCAGGGGCGGGGAGGAGGUGGCCUACCUUGCUGCCAGGGGCAUAGAGGUGCACGUUGUCCCUGGUAUCACGGCGGCGGCGGGCAUCGCGGCAGACCUGGGCAUCCCCCUGACCCACCGGGGCCUGGCCACCGGGGUCAAGUACCUGACCGGCCACGCGCGCGAGGGGGGCAGCAUCGAGGGCGGGCUGAGCGAGGCCGCCGCUGACCCCGACGCCACCCUGGUGGUGUACAUGGGCCUGGGCACGCUGAGAGAGCUGGCCGCCGCGCUAGCAGUACGGGGUCUGAGUCAGCACACGCCCGCCGCGGCGGUGGAGCGCGGGACUACGCCAGGUCAGCGCGCCGUGUUCGGCACGCUGCGCACGCUGCCGGACGCCGUGACGAGUGCGGGCCUGGCCUCGCCCACGCUGCUGGUCAUCGGGCGGGUGGUCAGCCUGGCGCCGGGGUGGCAGGCGGCGUGCCGUGCGGACGGCGGCGUGGCCAUGGUCGCGGGCCUGGGGUCGGGGGCGCGCGGCAGCUUUCAGCAAGCCAAUGGCAGCGGAGCCGAGAGAGGGUCGGCAGCAGGGCUGGGGGAGGAAAAGUCUUGGUGCGACGAGGUACUGAAGGAGGCAGAGAGCAGGGCCCAGGCGCGGCGAUGA